AUGGCGCUGCAGCCGCCGGUCGGCGCCUCGCUCAACACGGCAGCGUCGUCAACAGCGGUCCUUGCGGCACAGAUUAGAUCCGAGGGCAUUCGGCUCUCGCCUGAUGUGCGGAGCCAGGUGGCACGGACCCGUGCUGCAGUCUCAGCCGCCAACUCGCGCAUUGCCGAGCUCGAGGCCCGCUCGCUGUGGGACACUCCGCCGCGGUCGCAGCCGCUCGGCUCGGUCCCGCACAUCCUGGCUGUUGAUGGGAGUGCACCGACGUUUGCCCAGCUGAAGCACGCUAUUGCGGCCAUGUCGCUCUCCCCCUCGCCUCCGCGUAGCCGGCCAGCAGCGGCGUCGGCGGCGCUGACCUCACUCGAGGCGCUCACACUCUCAGCCAACAUGGCGGCCAGCUCAGCGGCAUCCGCUGCCAUCCGCUCGUCGCGGGUGCCGGCGGCACGGCCGCGGCCGCGGAUUUCGCGGCGUCCGCCAUCUGCUCCGUCGACCGCCCCGCUCCGCCCGUUCACCUCCGCCCGCCGAGCCGAGUUCUCGGCCGACGCCGCGCUGGCGUCGUCGCGGGCCGCAGUCGCCGCGUCGUCGCUCCGGGCCCCGCUCUCGCUCGCGGAUCUUUAAAAGAGUUUACAUCUGUA